AAAAGGACCUGUAAGUGUGUCUAACUCUACGGUGCGCAAACAUCCACAGUCCUACAACCAUGGGAAAGAUCGUCUUCUACGAGGGCCGCAACUUCCAGGGCCGCCACUGGGAGUGCAGCAGUGACUGCAUGGACACCUUCAGGCACUUCAACUACUGCAACUCCAUCCGUGUCAGCGGCGGCCACUGUGUGCUCUACGAGAAACCUUACUACAUGGGAUACCAGUACAUCCUCAGCCCUGGCGAGUACCCUGACUACCACUGGUGGAUGGGCUUCAACAACUGCAUCCGCUCCUGCCAGAUGUUCCCUCCUUAUAGGGGAUCCUACAGGAUGAGGAUCUACAACAGGCCAGACAUGAUGGGACACUCAAUGGAGUUUAUGGAUGACUGCCCCAACGUGUAUGAUCGCUUCCGCUACCGUGAUAUUUUCUCCUGCAACAUCAUGGAGGGUUACUGGAUCUUCUAUGAGCACCCCAACUACAGGGGACGCCAGUAUUUCCUUCGCCCUGGAGAGUACAGGGCCUGUGGCGACUGGGGCUGCCACAAUCCCAUGGUGGGCUCAUUCAGGAGAAUGAGGACUCUCAUGUACCCUGAUCUAAGCAGGGUCUAUAAAGAGGUCUGGGAGAGCCCGCAUCUGGUCUGGUCUGAACUUAACGCAGUUACAAUGGGCAAGAUUAUCUUCUAUGAAGACAGGAACUUCCAGGGUCGUCACUACGAGUGCAGUAGUGACUGCCCCGAGAUGCAAAACUACUUCAGCCGCUGUAACUCGAUAAGAGUUGAGAGCGGUUGCUGGGUGGCCUACGAAAAGCCAAAUUAUGGCGGCUACCAGUACAUGCUGCACAAGGGAGAGUACCCCGACUACCAGCGCUGGGCAGGCUUCAAUGACUGUAUCCGCUCCUGUCGUAUGGUGCCUCCUUAUAAUGGGAACUACAGGAUGAAGAUCUUCGAGCGAUCUGACUUUGGCGGUCAAAACAUGGAGCUAAUGGAAGACUGCCCAAACCUGCACGAGCGUUUCCACACCCGUGAUAUCUCCUCCGUCAAUGUCAUGGAGGGCUACUGGAUGCUGCACGAACACCCCAACUAUAGGGGACGCCAGUACUUCUUGCGUCCUGGAGAAUACAGGAGGCACAGCGAGUGGGGAAGCACCAGUCCCACCUUUGGCUCUCUGAGACGUGUCACUGAGCUCAACUGAUUCCCAUUACUUUGAUUUUUAACCCUUAUUUAAUCCCACCAUUAAGAAUACCACCCUCUUAUUCCCUUAAUGGCAGUACUGUUUCAGUGUGGUCUCAACACUGUGAUGUUCAAACCUGAAAUCAUACAUUUUAAUGAUGCAGGUUUGGAUGCGUCGGAUGUUGGGGUUCUCGUUUUGUUGUGUUGCUUUGCAUUGUUGGGUAAAAUUACUACCCAACUUAGUGCUCAAGCAAUGCUUUGGUCGUUCCAUAGCAGAAUGUUUUGCCUCGCCGGUCCCUAACCUCCUGUCCUCCUGGAAUCACAAUAAAUGAAAACUU